AUGGGUCUGGGAGUGUUAGAUACCACGACCGAGGACGUCCCUGGUACCUCCAACAUCUACGACCAGGGCUCAAGCGAUCAGGCACCCGGCACUUCACAUCUCAAGUACGACCGGAACGGUAAAGUGCCGACAAUUCUAGUGCCACAACCGAGCGAUGACCCCAAUGACCCGCUGAACUGGCCAUUAUGGAGGCGCGAUCUCAUUCUGGCCAUUCUGUCCUUUGUGACAGUUCUCUGCACCACUCUUAGCUCGAUCAUGGCCGCCAACACAGUUACGAUUGCAGAAUAUGAGAGCAUCACCUUUGAAGAUGCCGCGCUGCUAACCGGUUAUCAUCUGUGCGGCGUGGGUGUCGCUGGUAUCCUCAUAGUUCCCACGGCGCGUGUCUGGGGCAAGCGCCAUCUUUUUCUGCUCGGGCACGUCUUGAUGAUCGUGAGCUGCAUCUGGGCGGGUGCCAGUGGGACAAAUAAGAAUAGUCUCUUGUGGGCUCGGAUCUUCCAGGGCGUGGCUCUGGCUCCAUUCGAAGCUCUGGUCAAUGCUUGUGUCGGCGAUCUAUACUUUGUCCAUGAGCGAGGAAAACGGAUGGCAGUGUCCAACGUCGCCCUGUUUGGUGCUGCCUUUUUGACGCCGGUCUUCGUCGGCAAAAUCACCGAGUCCCUCGGCUGGCAGUGGUCCUUCUAUUUUGUGGCAAUCUUUCUUGCAGCCUCGUUGCCAUUCAUGAUUAUAUUCGUGCCCGAGACUGCGUACCGGCGUCCCGACCAUCUCAACACCGACUUCAAACACAAGCGCGACCAGGCCGAGUCCACAAACUCCGAUACACAAUCCGGCUACAACCCCAACGAUGAGUCCAAAGCCUUCGUACCAGGUGUCGGAACGCAUGGAACUUCGCAAACAGAAAUUACUGCGCAACCAAUCCCAGAAAAGGACUCUCUCCUCAAAUCUAUGAGGCUGUUCAAUGGACGAAAGACAGACGAGAACUUUUUCAAGCUUCUUCUGCGCCCCUUCCCUUUGUUUUUCUUCCAUCCGGGGAUUAUGUGGGCUUGUCUAAUCCAAGGCGUCGUUAUCGGCUGGGCUGUGUUCAUCGGUGUCGUUCUGGCCAUUGUGUUCCUCGGUCCGCCACUAUGGUUUGCAGAAGACAAGACAGGAUACCUAUAUACAGGAGCGUUUAUUGGUUCCAUAAUCGGCCUGGUGCUUUCGGGUUUGCUCACCGAAUCCAUGACCAAAAUGAUGAUCAGGCUCAAUCGCGGCAAAUAUGAGCCAGAAUUCCGCAUACUGUUGGUGAUUUUCCAACUUGUUUUCGCCUGCAUGGGUCUCUACGGAUUCGGCUGGACUGCCAAUGAUGUGAUGAAGUAUGGAUGGCUGUUGCCAGACGUGUUCUUUGCAUUCCUGAUUAUCGGCAUGGUCAUGGGUGCGGUUGCUGCCUCGCUUUAUAUCGUCGACGCCCACCGUGAAAUCGCUGUUGAAGCAUUUACUUGCUUACUGGUUUUCAAGAACAUGUUCAGUUUCGUUUUGACCUUUUAUGCCUAUUCGUGGUUCGCUCAUGGUGGCAUCAAGCACACCAUGAUCGUCAUCGGCAGCAUUCAAGUUGGCAUCUGUGCCUUGAGCAUCCCCAUGUAUGUCUUUGGGAAAUGGAACCGACAGUUCGUUGCGCGUUACGAUAUCCUCGAAAUCCUGCAUCUCACCUGA